GAUUUUGUCUACUUAAUUUUAAAUGUCAUAACUUGACUAAUAGAAAUUAUAGAGACGAGGGUGUUCAAGUUCAUCCAGAUUCCAGCAGCAGACCGAUUCAGACCGUUGAAACUUUUCUGAAUCGGGACAUCAGACGUACACACCCGCUAGAGGGUUUCAUCUGCAUUUUGAAACUCCUUUGUCUCAGAAACACUUCAGUUGUUGAUGAGUGCUUACGUGACGAGGAGGAAACAAUUUUCUGGUGACAUGGAGGAUUUUAUUGAUGUGAAGGUCGGUGAUCGUAUUGAAGAAAAGAAUAUUCCUCUUGGAAGUCCUGAACAAAAUAAUCGAAGAGUAAUUGUAACCAGGUCAAAGACAAACAACUUGGCUGCAUCGAAACAAUUGCCCUGCUUUUCCUAUGAACUAAACAGUGCCAAAAGAAGUGGAAAACCAAGGCGCAAUGCAGCAGUUGCCAAAAAGCGAUCCCAUGCUGAGGUGGAUGAUGAGGAAGUAGUAAAAUCUCAACCAGCAAAAAAGAAAAAUAGAGGGAUAUCUGAAUAUGAACUCGAAGUUCAGAAGAAUAUUGAGGAAAGGAAAAAAAUGUUUGAAAUGCUUAAGUUUGGUGAUGCCAAACAAGAGUUUCUAGAUGUGCUCCCUAAUCAAAGAAAAAGAAAGGUGGAUGAAGUUAAAGAAGAUAUUGAUGAGAAUGACGUUCCAGUCAAACGCGGUCGACCGAAAAGCGGGGAGAGUCGACCUAAAAAGGCGAAGGUUGAAAAGAAGAAAAGUCUUCCAGCUAGGACGUCAUCAAGGGUGCGAAAAUCAACAACAUUUUAUGGCCUACAAGAAAACGAAUCGAUCGCUUCUAGCCCGUCGGAUUCUUCAGUUUCGGACUCUUCCAUGCUGGAUGUGUCGAACGAGUCUUUGCUAGAGAUGUGUAACCAACCUUGCAAGAUGAAGCUGCGCUCAAGAAGGAACCGUGAUAAAGUAAUUCGAGUGACGGAAGGUUCCACAAAGGAUGACUUAAAAUCUGAUGAUAUGUUUAUCAACGAGUUUGAUUCAAAUGCAACAGGUGCCACAAUGACACUGAAAAAUACGUAUGCUGAUCAAAGCUCAGUUGAUGAAUCUUCAGAUUUUGUCAGAGGAAUAAUUCCGUUCUUGGAAAAUGGCGAUUCCUAUGAAAGGGUGUCGAUGCCGAACGACUUGCAAGAGUUUGUACAAUUGAUGAAGACUUUACAAUUAUCCGAUGAUGGCAUUUCUAGUCUUUCUUCAACUGGAAAUCGUAUGAUUACUUCAAUGACAUGGCAUCCAAAUCCUACGAGGUUGAUUCUCGCCUCAGCUAACGUUUCUGGAACUCUAGGGUUUUGGGAUAUCGACCAUGAGACUGAUUUCCGAAGAAGUAGAGCUUUUGAUGUCCACAAUUCUCGUGUGACUGGCUUGUCGUUUGAUAAAUUCAAUCCGUUGCGGCUAUUUUCUACGGGACAUGAUGGAUUUGUACGUCUUUUAGAUUUCCGUUCCGAAGUUUUUGAUGAGAUUUACAAUACUUCUGAAUCUUCAAAAAAUGUAUUUCCUACCUGUCACCUGCAGAAAGAUCCAUCAACGCUGAUUGUGUCACGAGCCGACGGACAAGUGGUGACUGUUGACAUGCGUAUUUUGCCAACCAUUGGAGAACAGCGAUUUAAAUGUUUCAACGGAAAAAUUGUCGGUCUUAGCCAUCACCCAUUGAAUGAGAAUCUCAUAAUGGCCGGUUCUGUUAAUGGUGAAGUAGGCGUCUUUGAUCUGCGCAAUGUCCAGCCAAAUUUGUCGGACAUUGACGGAUUCACCAAUCCAGUUCUAAGUUUUCCAUUGAUUGGUUCUCGGAUUAGUGGUUCUUUCUUUUCUCCAUUGGCCGGCGAGUAUGCCUUAAUAACCGGAAAGAAUGUUGUUGAAGUAUACGACCUUCAUGAAGGGGUUGCCAAACGUUUAACAAAUUGGAAUUCAACGCUCUCUCAAAGGAAUACCGUACUGAGCCGUGCCAUUUGGCAUCCACUCCGUGAUGAUGUAUGUAUUGCUACCGGAUCAGACGAAAGUAUUGACAUGUUGAGUGUCCCAAAUUGUGAAAUUCUUCAUAGUUUUGAAAAACGAGAAACUUCUGUUAGCCCGAUUGUCAAUGUUUUUCAUCCAUCCGCCUCUGUUUUAGCUAGUGGAUGCAGUCGAAUUUAUGUCCAUCGUCCUCCUGUUAGCAGUUAAUUUUUUCCCCUUUAAUUUGUAUUGUUUGUUUUUUAAAAGCUUAAGCUUCCCUCGUCCGUGUUUUUAAAAUGCAAUUUAUGUUGUUGAGUUCAAUAUCUCAAUGUUAAUUCCCUCUUCUAUAAAGACUGAAAGCCAUAUCUCGAGUUUAUUCACGGUUUAAUUUUAAAUUCUGACAAAAGUGAACUUGAGGGGCCAUAUGGUUUUAACUGUUUUUUUUUUUGCAAUUUAAUACAGAUAAUUUCUUUCAA